UUCAGUGCUUAUAUUUAAGUAACUAAUUAAUUAUAUAAUCACAGAGACUAAUGCCACCCAUAACUGGCAUUACACCAUAAUCAAGUCAGCUCAUAAACUAAAAUAAUUAAAAAGCCUGCCUAGAGGCAGCAUAAAUGCAUUAACCACCGUACCUUCACAUUAGUCAAGCCAGCAUGUGUAUCCAUGUGUCCAUCGUUGCAUGAAAAACUCCACUCUUACCUCACCCUUUAAAAUUCCUCCACUCUCUCUGCCAUCUUGCACCCCUCAGAGACAGAGACAGAGAGAGAGAGAGAGAGAGAGAGAGAGCAACCCAUCUCCAGUUUUCUCUGGCUAAUCUCUCUUCUGGGUUUCUCUCUUCCUCGCUUGUCUUUCUUCUACAAAAGGAAAGAGUUAGAGGUAGAGAAAAUUAAGCCCGCGUCAAUCAAAACACCAAAAAUGGAUGUCUAUGGAGGAUUGUCUACCACUACUGCACCUGAUUAUUUCCACAUUGAUGACCUUUUAGACUUCUCUAAUGACGACCUCCUCUCCUCACCCUCCUCCUCCAUCGACCACCACCACCUUCCUCCACCUGAAACCCCCUCCAUUCAUCACCACCACUUCCCCUCCUCCACCUAUAUUAAUAACCCUUCUUCUCUUUCGACUGACUUCACUGACCAUCUCUCAGUCCCAACCGAUGACGUGGCAGAACUGGAGUGGCUAUCGCAAUUCGUGGAGGACUCGUUCUCCGACUUUCCGAGCAUCAUUAACAUCCCAACCGACACGUCGCUUUGCAACAAACCUCGCAGCAAACGCUCACGAGCCACCACCACCACCGCGACGUCCUCCUCGCCAGAGCUCGAAACUGCGGUGACCGGUAAAUCGAGAUUGAAGAAGGAAAACAAUGGAGCGCCGCAUUCUACGGCGGAGGAGGGGACAGUGCGGAGGUGCACGCACUGCGCGUCGGAGAAGACUCCUCAGUGGAGGACGGGUCCGCUGGGUCCAAAAACGCUAUGCAAUGCCUGUGGAGUCAGGUAUAAGUCGGGUCGGCUUGUACCAGAAUAUCGACCCGCAGCGAGUCCGACUUUUGUGUUGACUCGGCAUUCGAACUCGCACCGUAAAGUUUUGGAGCUCCGAAGACAGAAAGAGAUGACGGUGAGGCAGCAGCAACAGCACGGUUACCAAGGCUAUGAAGUUUGCUAACGUGUCAUGAUCUCAGCAACUUGAUGGCAGCUCUACUCGGACGGAAAUGGAUUUGCUCUGCAAGUGAUCGAUUCCAAUACAAGAACCUUAACAGUCACAAUAAAGAAAGUUGGUAUAGAAA